AUGUUCGAAACUACCAUGUAUAACAGCAAGCCGCACAUUCAGAAUCGCAUGACUGGUGAAAUGUUUGAGCUCGGUGGCUCGGUCUCAAAUGAGAACCUCACUGACGCCCUGGAGGCGGCGGUGCGGCUUACGACGGAGGAUUUGAGCAUCUUAAUGAGGAAUGAAGAUGAUGAAUAUUAUCUAGCUGCCAGUGCGAGUCUCUUCCCUACAGGAUGGACAGUGGACCAGCGAAUUGGGUGGACAAUCUCCCGCAUGCACGAGCCAGUACCAUUAUGUUUGAUGGUAGCCGACACUCCAUGGUCUUGCAGACCAUAA